AUGGUGGCUUCAAAACAGGAUAAAACGGAGAGCAGAAUGCUUCAGCUUAACGCAAUGAACCAUUCUCGUGCUGCAGAAAGAUAUCGAACGAGGUCCUUGAGUAGUUUCUACACUCCUGACGAAAAUGACACACAGGAUAGUAUAUCAUUACAAAUUAGUCGAGCCAAUUCCGUGGCUGAUUUCCCUUUAGAUAAUAGGGGAAUGCCUAUAGUUUCGAAAAAUUUCUUAGCUGGUGAUGGUGAUUUCAGAAAAAGUUUCAAGAAAAAAAUAAAGAAGUUGGCUGAACGUGAAAGAAGAGAAACAUCUAUUAAUGACAUUUCUGAUGAUGCCAUCGAGGAACCUAGAGGAGAUCCUACCAGAACCAUGGCUCGGAAGAAAGUUGGAAACCUCUCUCGUCUCAUUGAAGCCACUAUGGAAGAUAAUAAAAAUGAUUCUACCGCCAGGGCAGUGACUCUCGAUUCUCAAAAACAGCAUCUCAAGGCUGCUCGUAUGAAAUUGUUGGUCACCAGAGCCGCAAUUGAUUUACAACCCAAAUUGGUGGAGAAAACGAUUGAGCGUAUUAUCAGCCAGUCUCAGAAGAAAGAUGGAGAUUCACCUGGCGCUUUCUCUCUCCAUGCUUCGACUCUCCUUGAGCGUGAUGAAGAUUUUAAUGAUGUGAAGCAUGCCCUUAGUCCACUUACAGAUGAGAAAAUGAAACGACUAGUUAUCCAGUGUCGAAAUGAUUUACCCUUAACACAGCAGUUGCUUUACUCGAAAAAAUAUGAUAUGAAGUGGAAGAACCGUUACACUGAUAUUUUCCAACAGACCGUAAAUGGUAAGAAAGAAAAGAAGCCUGACAACAAGCAAGGAUGGGUUCUCCCUCUGAAGAGAGUAUGUGAGAAGGCUGGAGUCUCUUCACGGUUUUUCACUGAGAACGCUGCUCUGGGCAUUUGCGAAGCUCGAGCCCAGGUUCUCCUAAACCGAUUAUGCGGUCCUGAGCAACCAAGUCGAUGGCUGUCAACAACGGAUUAUCAUGCAAUUAAUAACCCUCUGUUAGCUUCCUACAUGCGAACUAAGUUUGAUCCUCGUGGAAUGAAAACUCGGAUUUCAACUUAUGUUAACACCGUGAUCAGUGAUAAGGAUCAUAUCAAAAUUACAAUAACAUCCAACUUGACACUUGACAACGUUUAUAAUCAUUUUGUUUUCCGAUUCGAAAUAUUGGAUAAUCAAGUCAAUCAUAUACCUGGUGAUCAUCUGGCUUCGGAUUCCAAUACAUCUUGCUGUAGAAAUAAGAAUAUUCAUUGCCGAGAUGCAACAAGAGUGGUUCUAAGUUAUAAAACUAAUGAGGACCAAUCUGAUUUUAUUCACGCUAAUUGGGUGCAAGGGGGUCCCUUGUUCAACAAGUUCAUUAUCACUCAAGCACCUAUGUGCAAUACUGUUGGAGAUUUCUGGAGAAUGAUUUGGCAAGAAAAAGUACCUUAUAUUUUCAUGCUUACCAGUAGAAAAGAACCGGAGAGAUGCGCUAUAUAUUGGCCAAGACGUGAAAACUCGAUGCCUCUCUAUGCACAUGGACUGAAAAUUGAGAAUGUUGGAAUUAACACAAAUUGCGACCCACUGUUCACUGUCACUUCCUUGAGAGUUACUGCUCCAUCUGGAGAACAGUUCAACGUAGAACAUUGGCAAGGAAACAUGAACAACUCGAGUAAUAUAUUGUCCCCUUUGAACUUGUUGAAGAUAGCAAGAAACUGUGAGCGACCAGUUGUAGUGCACGACUGUUUGGGUGUGUCCAGAGCCGCGAGUCUUGUUGCAACUGAAGUAGCAAUAUGCAGCAUAAUUAAAGGACCUUCUUACGCUCAUUUGGUGCAGAAGGCAGUGCAGUUUGUUCGAUCUAGGAGAUCAUUUGCUGUGGAAACUCCUAUGCAAUAUAUAUUUAUUCAUAGAUGUUUACAUGCUUUCUUCACCGAAAUGAAAACAGAUAAGAUAGAGCAUGAUUAUGAGAGAUGGUUGGAAGAGAGGGCAAAACGAAUGUUCCUAGAAGACAUUGAUGCUCCAGUGCCUGGUUACCGCAUGCUUUCACCAAAAGUCGACCCAGAUCUUCUUCGUCAAGUUCGUCGUCCAAGAAGACCAAACUAUAGAAGAGAAGCUCCUGAUUGCGUUGGGGAGUGGCCCUUACCAUUGGAUUCUAAAGCUAGUCGCAGGCUUCACCUGCUGGAUUGA